UUGACUUUUGCGGAAAUCAAGGCAGGGUCAAAGCUGCGGUAUAACUAACGUAACUUGGACUGGGCAGGUUCGCCAUGGACUGCAGUGCGCUGUUUUAAGCACUGAAAGCGAGCUUGCCUACAGAUCCACGUGUGCAUUACUGCUUUAAUAACGUUUACUAGCAAGAGCGUACCGAUGUUUUCAACCAUGCUUGCGACACGCGCUGCCGUCGCAGCAAGCAGACGAGGCAAUGCAGCUUUGGCUAGCGCCGCUUGGCGCGCCCUCUGUUCCUCUGCGUCAAUGGCAUCGGAGGCGGCCGCUACUGCACAACCGGCCCGAGAGCAGAUGAAUUACGAUGUCCUCAUCGUUGGCGCCGGGCCUGCCGGACUCGCAGCAGCUAUUCGCAUUAAGACGCAAUGCAAGUCCUCCGGCCGCGAUGUGAGCGUGUGUGUUAUUGAGAAGGGCGGCGAGGUGGGUGCGCACAUCCUGUCCGGCAACGUCUUGGAGACGCGCGCCCUGGACGAGCUGCUGCCGGACUGGAAGCAGGACGAGGACUGCCCCGUCAAGGUGAAGGCCUCUCGCGACUCCUUCCUGCUGCUGGGCUCCCCCUCCUGGUCGCUGCGGCUGCCCUCCCUGGCGCUGCCGCCGCAGCUGGCCAACAAGGGGCGCAACUACGUGGUCAGCCUGAGCGAGGUGACGAGGUGGAUGGCGCGGAGGGCGGAGGCGAUGGGGGUGGAGAUCUACCCGGGAUUCGCGGGGAAGCAGAUGCUGUACAGCUGGGACGGUCACGUGCAGGGGGUGGCCACCGGGGACUUCGGGGUGGGGCGGGACGGGCGACGCAAGGCGGGCUUCUCCCCGGGGUCGGACCUGCGUGCCCGGGUGACGCUGCUGGCGGAGGGGUGCAGGGGCUCGCUGUCGGAGGAGGUGAUGUCCCGCUAUUCGCUGCGCCAGGCUGCCAGGGCGGAGCCGCAGACGUACGCGCUGGGGAUCAAGGAGAUCUGGGAGCUGCCCGAGGGCUCCCCCGCGCCGUACGAGCCGGGCACUGUCGUACACACGGUGGGCUACCCCACCUCCUCGCUGCUGGGCGGCAGCUACGGCGGCGGCUUCAUCUACCACAUGGGCGGGCGGCGAGUGGCGCUGGGGCUGGUGCUCGGGCUGGACUACAGCAACCCGCACAUCAACACGUACCAGGAGUUCCAGCGCUGGAAGCUGCACCCGGCAGUACGGCAGCACAUCGAGGGGGGCACCUGCGUGCAGUACGGCGCUAGGACGCUGAACGAGGGCGGCUUCCAAUCCAUCCCCAAGCUGUCCUUCCCGGGCGGGGCGCUCAUCGGCUGCUCGGCAGGUUUCCUGAACGUGCCCAAGAUCAAGGGCACGCACACCGCCAUGCUGAGUGGCAUGAUCGCGGGGGAGGCGGCCUUCAGGGCGCUCACGGGGGAGAAGGCGGAGGAGAAGGGCCCGGUGGAUCUGGGCAGCUACGAGGAGGCGCUCAAGCGCUCCUGGCUGUGGGAGGAGCUGGCGGCGGUGCGCAACGUGCGGCCGGCCUUCAAGUGGGGUCUGCUGCCGGGCAUGCUGUACACCGCCCUCGCCGGCUUCAUCAUGCGCGGCAAGGAGCCAUGGACCUUCAGACACGGCCGCCCCGACCACGAGCACCUGCGCCCCCUCUGCGACGCCCCCCCGCCGCCCGCCUACCCCAAACCCGACGGCGUCGUCACCUUUGACCUGCCCACCUCCCUCUACCGCUCCGGCACCAACCACGAACACGACCAACCCUCCCACCUGCUCAUCAAGGACGCGGACGAGUUCGAGCGCUCCAACCUGCCGCACUACGGCGGCCCCGAAACCAAGUACUGCCCCGCUGGCGUGUACGAGUACCGUACGGACGAGUACGGGCGGCAGCGGCUGCAUGUGAACGCACAGAACUGCCUGCACUGCAAGGCGUGCGACGUGAAGGACCCGGGGCGGAACAUCAAGUGGACGGUGCCGGAGGGAGGGCAGGGACCCAAGUAUACGGCCAUGUGAGGAGGAGGUUGGGAAGGGGGGGAGAAUAGUAUGAAAUGUGGGGUUGGG